CAGGAGGCGCCGGGGGGGCGGGGCGCGGCGCGGCGCGCGGGGGCUUCUGGGUAGCCGAUUACCCCCGCCCCCCCGGCCGGGCCCUUCCUUUCCGUCGCCGCCGCCGCCGAGGUCGCACGCGCCAGGCCGCUCCGCCGUCUCGAGAUGCGCUACGUCGCCUCGUACCUGCUGGCCGCCCUCGGGGGCAACGCGUCCCCCAGCGCCAAGGACAUCAAGAAGAUCCUGGACAGCGUGGGCAUCGAGGCGGACGACGACCGGCUCAACAAGGUCAUCAGCGAACUGAGCGGGAAGAACAUCGAGGACGUGAUCGCCCAGGGCAUCGGCAAGCUGGCCAGUGUUCCCGCCGGCGGGGCUGUGGCCGUCUCGGCCGCCCCUGGAGCCGCAGCACCUGCAGCUGGCUCUGCCCCCGCAGCGGAGGAGAAGAAAGACGAGAAGAAGGAGGAGUCCGAGGAGUCGGAUGACGACAUGGGAUUCGGCUUGUUCGAUUAGUCACUGCCCUAAUAAAACCCUUUUCUAGACCU